GGUAAUAUUCACCCGUUCGAUCAUAUUUACAGUGAAAAGCCGCGACAGAGCUUUACACUUUCACGCGCGCUUUUAGCAUCGAAACUGUGCUUGCGCAUGCGCGUGCGCGCGUCGUAGGCUUAAAUAAAUAAAUAAACUGUAGGUGUGUGUGUGUGUGUGUGUGAUAAAAGCUGCACAGUCUAUGCCUGAUCGGAGAGCGCUCCCACGGCAGCGCGUUAGUGUCGCUCUCCUCCACUGGGCUCUGAUUGCGGAAUAUCUGCUCACUGAGAAUCAUCAUCAUCAUCAUCAUCAUCAUGCAAAAACGGAGGAAGCCAGAACCGAUCCAGCUCAACCCGAUCCCGGAUGGGAAUGCCGUUAACGGGACCGGUACCACAGAGACAAACCUAGAGGCCCUGCAAAAGAAGCUUGAGGAGCUGGAGCUGGAUGAGCAGCAGAGGAAACGUCUGGAGGCCUUCCUCACGCAGAAGCAGAAAGUAGGGGAGCUGAAGGAUGACGAUUUUGAGAAGAUUUGCGAGUUGGGAGCAGGCAAUGGUGGCGUGGUCUUCAAGGUCUCGCACAGACCAUCCGGGCUUAUUAUGGCCAGGAAGCUGAUCCACCUGGAGAUCAAGCCAGCCAUCAGGAACCAGAUCAUCCGAGAGCUGCAGGUGCUGCAUGAGUGUAAUUCUCCCUAUAUUGUGGGAUUUUACGGGGCCUUCUACAGUGAUGGAGAGAUCAGCAUCUGUAUGGAGCACAUGGAUGGUGGCUCACUGGACCAAUCACUGAAGAAAGCGGGCAAGAUUCCAGAGCAAAUACUGGGCAAAGUUAGCAUUGCGGUGAUAAAAGGGCUGUCUUAUCUGAGAGAGAAGCACAAGAUCAUGCACAGAGAUGUGAAGCCUUCCAAUAUAUUAGUGAACUCACGUGGAGAGAUCAAGCUGUGUGACUUUGGCGUUAGCGGGCAGCUUAUCGAUUCUAUGGCGAACUCAUUUGUGGGCACGAGAUCGUAUAUGUCUCCGGAGCGUCUGCAGGGUACACACUACUCUGUGCAGUCUGAUAUCUGGAGCAUGGGUCUUUCAUUGGUGGAGAUGGCAAUUGGUCGCUUCCCUAUCCCACCACCUGACGCUAAGGAGCUGGAGCAAAUUUUUGGCCUCCCCAUGGAAGGUGACCCUUCAUCCACCUCCCCCAAACCCAGACCCCCUGGACGGCCUGGCAGCUCAUACGGACCUGACAGCAGACCUCCGAUGGCCAUCUUUGAGUUGCUUGACUACAUUGUCAAUGAGCCACCGCCCAAGCUGCCAAGCAUCUUUGGCACGGAAUUUCAAGAUUUCGUUAACAAAUGUUUAAUAAAGAACCCAGCAGAGAGGGCAGAUCUGAAGCAAUUGAUGGUUCAUCCCUUCAUUAAGACGUCAGAGGCAGAGGAGGUGGACUUCGCCGGGUGGCUCUGCAGUACCAUAGGCUUGAAUCAGCCAGGAACCCCAACUCACAAUGUGGGCAUAUAAAUGGGAAUUACUUUACCUAAUCUAACAAUGAAUUAUAUAAAGACUGAUAUACAGACUUAAUCUGUACUAAAUGGAAAGGUUUACUUGGGGAAAAAAAUCUAAUUGGCCUUGAACAUCAAAUGAUUUAAAAAAAAAAAAAAGGAAUGUUACAAAUGAUUCUGUUGAGUUGUGGGUUAGAUUAUAUUAGAGAAUAUUUAAAAGUAUAAGCAAAACUGCCCUUUUAUAUAAAUGUUUAUUGUUCGCGGACACCAUUUGAGUGGAAAAUUUGAUAUUUUUGUAAAGUAAAAAUAUAUUGCCUCAUAGCCAAAGCAGGGUAUAAAAAUUACUAGUGCUUUAAGUCCAUUUUAAAUAAAUUAGAUAGAGACAACAACGCUUUAUUUAACACAUUGGGCUAUGAUGAUGAUUAAGUAUUGGCAAGAUAAUCGUGUUAAAAUGAGUCAGUAUAAAAUUUGAAUGUUAAACAAAUGAUAUUAUUAUUAUUAAUGUUGUUGUCGUUGUUCUGCAGUUGAACUUUUUCUGCAUCAGAUGAAAAAAGAUAAGGCUACCUGAUUAAACAAGUAGUUGUGGCCAAAUUUACUGGCAGCCAAGCUUUUUACAACCAGGUUCUUUAAAAAAAAAAAAAAAAAAAAAAAGUAACUAUGUACUGUUUAGACAAACCUUAAACGCCUUACUAAAAGAACCAAAGCGUGUUUUUUUGGUGAGUUGUCUUCAUGACCAUAACCCUGCACCAAAAACAUAUUUUUUAAAUGGUUAACUCCUCUUGAAAGUGAUAUCAUAAUAGAAUAUACUGUAUAUACAGUACACUACCAGUGUACAAAAAGGUUUGGACACACCUGUUAUUUCUUUCUACAUUGUAAAACAAUGCUGAAGGCAUCCAAAAUACGCAGUGAUAUCCACUGAACAGUUUGUAUUGAUGUGUCCGCUACUUAUGCUCAUAAUGCCUCCAAUCUGACGUGCUGUAAAUUGGCGAUUUUUGAGGCUGGUAACUUCUCUGCAGCAGAGGUGAGUUUUGGUCUUGCUUUCCUGGGAUGGUCUUCAUGAGAGCCAGUUUCAUCAUGAUGCUUGAUGGGUUUUGCAACUUUGUACAGUUGACAAUACUGUUCUUGCAUGAACUAUUUCAGAACAACUGAAUGUUGUUAACUAAUGCCAUACAUUUCUUGUAGUUGUGAAAAAAGUCCAGCAUUGUUCUAGAAUGUAGAAAAUCAGUCCAAACUUGUGUUCCAACCACUGACAGGUACUGUUAAAAGAUUUUGGAACAAUUCUACAUAAACCCUAUGUAAGACCAUUAUCAAUGAGCUUCAUUUGUUUAGUCACAAAAUUGUAAAAAUAAAUAAAAUAAAGAAUAACUAUAAUUUAAAACGUCUAACUAUCCCAACAUGCCUACUAAGCUAACUUGGCUAAUUAGACAUUUAGUUAAAUUAAUGAACAGGCCUUGGUUGUUCUUUGGCAUUUUCAACGAAUGCUGUUAUUCAUAUUUUGACUGGAAUCCCACUCAUGUGAACAUGCAGUAAGCAAUGCUUUGUUUAUAGUAAACAUAACUAAAAA